ACGAGGCUCAAAGGCAGCAAACAAGACCAUCACCGUGGCCAGAUGUGGACCAGAGCCGUUUCGAAAGCUAUCAGCAUGUCGACUCCCCAAGUCAGCUCGGUAGGCGGGAGUCCCGCGCCUCUCGAAGUGCCAACACCAUGAACACUAGUUCACCUAGUGACAUCACCCCUAAGCGUGAUGAUAAAAUAGUUACUGCCGCCACGCCCGAGCUGGUCUGCGACUCUGCUUCAAAAGACGGAUUGAGUGGUGUAAACAUCCAUACCAAUGGCACGGAAUUCUAUGGCAACUCUUCUAACCUAGCCUUCCUCGGCAACUUGUACGCACGAGCCCGCACUCAGGCAGAGAACAGAGGGUUGACUGUCCCUGACAAUGGUCAUAAUGGCGCUCCAGUUGAGCAAGGCCCCACGGCUUUCAGCGCGCCCCGAACUGAUGCUAAUGGUCUCAUCCAAUCGACUCCUGGUUCAACAUCAAACAAAGAGUCGGACGAUACGCAGCCUGCGGCCAACGCAACACAGCUCUCGAUUGUGAAUCUACUGUAUAACCCAAAAUACCCAAGCCACUCUCCUUUGCAAAGCGACGCCCAAUGUGUCAUUGACAGGACCGAAACCCCCGAGAUUGUGGUGAGCUCACGGAACACAGCUAAAGGAUUGACAGAAACAAGCCAUGAACACGAGAUCAUACCACUCAUUGAGAAUCUCCCAGAAGAGGCUCAGAUAGAGAUUGAGAAAAUGUUCAUCGCCAGCUACUUCUGCAACAAGCAUUAUAUACACCCUAUGCUGUGCAAGGGCGCAUUCAUGCAGCGUUGCGAGAAGGAGUCCUUUUUGGCAUCUAGACGAGCUAGCUUACAUCGUGGAUCCUCGAAAUUCGCUGGCUUAUACUUUGCUGUGGUAGCCCUGGGUGCCAUUAAUGCCAGUCCGCAUGAGACUGCUCUUCUCGACCAUUAUUGCGAUUAUAACCCCGAGCCCAGGAGGGUCGGAAGUAUGAGCAGACCGUCCGCUCUAGAUUUUGCGGAUUUCUACUUUGGUCGAGCGAAGAGGGCUCUGGGUGACUUGUUCGAGAGCUGCAGUCUGGAAGGAGUGCAGGCGCUUCUACUCUUGAGCGUGUUUUGCCAAAACGCUCUCAGACCGCAUAGCUGCUUCAUGUAUAGUGGGAUGGCGGUCCGAACAGCUGUAGCCAUUGGCCUGGCGUCAGGGAUGGCGUCCCUGGCUCCAGGCGUUCGCAAAGAAGGCAUUCGGACAUGGUGGUGUAUUUACUCGCAUGAAAUUGAGAUGUGCUGUUCCUCUGGUCGCUUAGACAGCAUGAAAGACCUGCAGUACUAUCGAGUUCCAUUGCCCGCUCUGAAGGCCACUCCCGGUUACUUACUUGACCCUGACGCGGAAGACAAUCAUGUAGCCAUGAUCCCGGCGAUGGUAGCCCUGGCACAAAUCAUGUCCGAGGCAUCACACCUUCUCUACCACUCUUCCAAGCGCCCACUGGAUGAAAUGUCGCAGAUUGCCAUGGACCUUGAUCGUCAUCUACUAGCAUGGAAAUCUACUCUGCCGUACUUCUUAGAUAUCGACGCCGCCUCGCUUAAUGAUACCGAAUGGGCCUUCAAACAGAAACUGGUCUUGAAACUAAGAUACUAUAACACGCGCAUUCUCAUCCACAAGCCAUUCCUCGCCGCCUCAACCACCAACAACGAAUCCUCCUCCAACAUCCUCCAGCACCUGCACGCCUGUGUCGACGCCGCAAGAACCAGCAUACAAAUGCAGUACGAAUCCUUCAUCCACAGAAUCUACAUUCGCACCUGGUGGUAUAACACCUCCUACGCUCUCUACGGCGCCAUGAUCCUCCUCCACCUCGUCCUCUCCGGCUACCCCACCAUCCGCGACGAAGACCUCCUCGCCGACGUCGAAAAGAGCCUCGAUAUUUUCGAGUCCAUGAACAACAUCGUUGUCGCCCGCCGCUGCGCCGAGAUGAUCCGCGAGGUCCUCGAAGUUGCACGAGCCUGUGUCGCUCGACGGCGUACCACCCACCACCCUUCCCUGUUACCCUCCUCCCAGAUCCCCACCACGAAUCAUCACCCUCUGAAUCCUUCAUCUCUUUCACCAACAACAACCUUCCCCCUAGGCAAUCUGCAACCGGCAAACAGCCACCCCGCCAGCAUGACAGCACCUCUUCCUCCCCCGCCUACUCCCCCUAGCACUACAGCAACUACCGCAGCCCACCCUGGAAGCAGUGGUGGAGGGAUAGACAACGACUUCUUUUUCUCCCUUUUCAACCAGGACUCGCAACCCGAUACCCGUGCCGAGAUCCUGGCGAAUCUGGUGGAUCCGACCAUACUCGAGGAUUUUGCUUUUGGGAGCGGGAAUGGGGGCGGUGAUUUGUCGUUCUUUUUUGGUUCCUGAAGUACUACUCCUAAGAUUUCCCUCAGAUGCCCUGAAGGAAAGCCAGGUGUCCAGAAAGGGCUUUUCAACCGCUCAACACGGCUGGAACAAAACAGUUAUCAAUUAAGUUUCAAAUCAAUUCACAAUAUCUAUCCGAUUGCCAUCCAGUCUAUGCUCAUCCCAUAUCCAUCAUAUAGGGAGAAAGAAACCAUAUAUACACAUAUAACGCGGAGUGGGAUGAUCCAGUAUCAUUCACCCGCCCAUCUAGGGGAUUAGGUCG